AUUAAAAAAAAAAAGGACAUUUCCUUCCAUCUUUCAUCCUCAUCUCUAGGUAGAGCUUACAAGUAAAUCCCCAGGAGAUCAGUCUUCUUGCCUACCCUUUUCUUCCCCAGUUAGCUUCACUCUGAUCGAAGACCUCAAACGAGGACGCGUGUGAUUGCCAAUGGUGACGAUGCACCGUCACUCGAGCAUGAGCUGCCGCAUGUCCGACAGAUCGACCGACUUCUGGAUGUGGCUCUUGGGCAAUGAGCUCGAAUAUUGUUUGGCAGGCAUCGGAUAACCUCGUCUAGCCGAUUGGCAAACCCUAUCGGUAAUGGCGUUCUUCUAGGUAUUUGAUUUUUGGGCAAAACAAUCUGAAUCAAAAUCAAUGCUGCGGAGCUAGGUUUUUGGGGAAGGGAAGAAAGAGUUUUCUAUUUAAUUGCUUCUUUUGUAUCUGAAUCUCUGAAUAGAAAGAGCUUGACUGAUAUUUGAAGAAAUACGAAGGAUGAAGUUUGAGAAUGAAUUCAAGAAACAAAUGGUGCCUGAAUGGACGGACGCUUAUGUUGAUUACAGUGGCCUCAAAAGAUUAUUGCGUGAGAUUUCUUGCGACAAACAGAUUAAGAAGUCCAGAGCAUCAUUUGGGCGCUCAAAGAAAAAACCAACAGUGAAUAGAAAAUGCAAUGAGUUAACCUCUCAGCCCAGAAAAGGCCAAAUCAUGAAGGAUAUUGAGAAUCAAGUUGGAGAUAUUGACAGACCACAGCAACAUGACAACACUCAACAUCCCCACAGGAAGUUCCAAGAAAUAUCAGAGAUUGAGAUGACUUUUCUUAGAAAACUUGAUGAAGAGCUCAACAAAGUCAAUUCCUUCUACAAGGAGAAUGUAGAGGCUGUAACCAAAGAAGGAAGUGUUCUAAGUAAACAAAUGGAGACUUUGAUUGCACUGCGAAGGGAGAUGGAGAUCUCCCCUCAGAAUGAAAGACGCGAUUCUCAUGCUGAAGUUUCUACAAUCCCCUCAAGCACCACUUUGCAAACCCCUUGUCCUUCAGGAAGCGUGCACUUGGAUUCAACGGUUGAAAUGGAUGCCAACCGUUGGCGUGAAAAAAAUGAGUCUAAUUGGGUUGAAAUGGAUGUCAACUAUCGGGGUGAACAAAAAGAGUCUAAUUGGGGUUCAGAAUUGCAUCGAGUUCACACAGAAGUAAGUAGCAAUAAACAUUUAGAAGUCACGACGAAGGAAAACAACCAAUAUCCCCAAGAAAUUCUUAAGCAUGUGAAAGUCAUCGAUGUGUUCAGCUCCCAUAAAUCUACAUCGAAAGAUAUUUGCAGAAAUUCCAAGGGGGAUGGCUUGGAUGUUAAUCAAAACGACCGAAGUAAGAUUGAAGAACAGUUGAAAAAAGCAUUUGCCGAAUUUUACCAGAAGCUUCACUCGUUAAAGCAAUAUAGUUUUAUGAACCUGUCAGCAUUUGCGAGAAUCAUGAAAAAGUAUGAUAAGAUUUCAUCAAAGACAGCGGCCAAGUCAUACAUGGAAAUUGUGGAUACUUCAUACCUUGGAAGUUCAGAGGAGGUUGCUGAUCUCAUGAAGAUGGUGGAAAUUGCUUUCAUCAAGAACUUCUCAAACUCAAAUUAUACAGAAGCUAUGAGGCUUUUGAAGCCAAAAACUAAAAGAGGAAAACACAGUGUGACAUUUUCUUCGGGCUUCCUAUCUGGUUGUGCGGUGGCACUAUUUGUGGCAACUGUUUUGAAAAUAGUAUCUCAAAAGUUGAUGGAGAAGGAAGAUGGCACCCAUUACAUGGAAAAUAUAAUUCCACUUUACAGUCUGUUUGGCUUUGUUGUCCUACACAUGCUCAUGUAUGCAGCAGACUUAUACUUCUGGAGACGUUGUCGAGUUAACUAUCCAUUUAUCUUUGGUUCCAAGAGAGGAACUGAAUUGGGUUGGCAAGAAGUUUUCUUGCUUGGUGCUGGUUUUGCAGUACUUGCAUCGGCCAGCUUCCUUGCAAACUUAUACUUGGACAGGGACCCCAGCACUCAAAAGUAUAGAACAGAAGCUGAGAAGGUUCCUUUAGGCACAACAGCACUUAUUCUUCUCAUCACCUUUUGCCCAUUCAACAUUCUAUAUAAGUCAAGUCGUUUUUUCUUCAUCCGCUGUAUCCUACAUUGUUUAUCUGCUCCACUGUGCAAGGUUAAGUUUCCAGAUUAUUUUUUGGCAGAUCAGCUUACUAGUCAGGUACAAGCUUCAAGAUGUAUCGUGCUGUAUAUUUGCUACUAUGGUUUAGGAGAAUACUCAAGGAAGCAAAACAAGUGCCACACACGUGGUGUCUACAACACUCUCUCCUUCAUUAUUGCUGUCAUACCAUUUUGGCUGCGGUUCUUACAGUGCAUCCGUCGAUUGCUUGAAGAAAAAGAUUCGAUGCAUGGCUACAAUGCUCUUAAAUACCUCUCGACAAUUGUUGCAGUCCUCAUUAGAACUGCUUGUGAAUUAAGAAAGGGAGUUACCUGGAUGGUGUUAGCCUUGAUUAGUUCUGCAGUUGCCGUGUUGAUGAAUACAUACUGGGACAUUGUUGUUGACUGGGGACUUCUGCAAAAACACUCAAAAAACAAGUACUUGAGAGACCGGCUUUUAGUAUCCAAUAAGUCUGCCUAUUUUGCAGCAAUGAUAUUAAAUAUACUAUUGAGAAUUGCUUGGAUCCAGUUGGUGUUGGCAUUCAACUUACGUUCAUUUCAAAAGGUUGCUGCGACUGCAUUGAUAUCUUGCCUGGAAAUCAUUCGCCGCGGUCUUUGGAACUUCUUCAGUUUGGAGAACGAGCAUCUGAACAACGUUAACAAGUAUCGAUCAUUCAAGUCAGUUCCACUUCCAUUCAGCUACUCCGACGAUGAUAAUGAGAAGGAUAAUUGAAAGAAGAGACCAAGAGAAAAUGACGUCGAGUAAAGAAAAUUUGAGUUGUAGACUUCAUCUACUGUAGUACUUGCUAACCUCGGGCACUACAAUUUGUAUUAUAAUUGAAGUUGGAGACUUCAUUACAUUUUGUCUUCCUCCAACAAAGGGUAGCCGAGAGUUCUUCCUUUUUUAUAGAGCAGAUUAGAUCUUAAAGACAUGGGAUUAAUAUACGUGGUAAGAAUGUCUGGAAUGAUUUUUUAAGAAGAUAUUACAACGAAUCUGAGAAUCUGAA